AGCACAUAUGCAUAUCAACAUGUUGUAUUACAAGGGGGAGAGCCUGAGAAAAUCCCCUUUUGAUCACUGCAGCAACUCCUGGUUUGACAGCUGGGAUGUUGCAGGCAGGGAGGAGCUGCCCUUGCCUGGUUGCUGCAUCCAAACCUGCUCCCAUCACCCUCCCUGGCCUGGCACGCAGCGAUGGAUGGGACUGGGAAGUGAGGCAGAGGGGAAUACUUAUUAACUUCCACUGCCUUCAGUUCAAUACUAGCUGAUAUUUAUGUGAAAUCUAAUUUAGGGGUCAAAUUUGACCUAACGAUGUCUUUUUAAUGGUGUCCAAACAGAGAGGUUUUUGAAACUAAUUAAGGAUCAGGUUCCAAUCAGGUAGAGUGGUUAAGCUGCAGGACCAGACUUCAUUAAAUGCAUCCAGAGAGAAUAUUUUAAUAUUUAAAGAGAGCAUUUAAUGUUUAUAUAAGUUCUCUUCCCAUCUGAAGUCACUGUUAAAUCACUUCAGAAGGUAGCUUUUAAAGCCCUUUAUACUUGUCUUUUAUGGAGCAAGGCUGGCAAACGCCCUUCGCAGCUCUCUUGGACCCAAUGAGGCUUAUUAAAAGAUUGAGCCCAUCAAUGCAGGUUUUCAGGGGUGAGAGAUACGAAAACAAAAUUUAACAACGCAGCUGUAGUACGUUCUUUCUCUCCUGCAGCAUCACUCUCUGCCUUGCUGUCAGAGGGAUUGACGGGAGUGUUUUGCUCUGGAUGUAUGCAGGUCUUAAACCACUACAGCUGGAGGGCUAAAGCUUGCAGAACAGAGGAGUCUUUAACAGUACUGAAGGGCUGGGCUUUCAGUCUCUGGAGAUAUUGCUCAAGAACAAAUCUGUUUACAAGAAACGGUUUGAGAGAGAAUUGUCAGUCAAGAUGCUUCUAUUCUCAGCUCAGGAGCAUCUGGAAGAGUAAAUAUACCUUUAGUUAGCCGGUGGCUAAAUUAGAUUGCAACUGAUGAAAAGCCAAAGGGAUUUCUCAUUAAAUGGCCCUCUCUAUUAUUACCCUGGCAUCCUCCUUCCCGUGUUGUGCAGACUCUCGCAAUGGUUUCGAAGAAGGCGGCGGCCGCUUUGCUCCUGGUGUACGUGAUGUCAGUGCUGGCAGAACAGGCUGAAGGCUUUGUGCCCUUCUUCACCCAGAGCGACAUCCAGAAAAUGCAGGAAAAGGAGAGGAACAAAGGGCAGAAGAAAUCCCUGACCUCUCUGCAGCAGCUGGAAGAGGAAGGCUUCUCUGAGCAAUCUGCAGAUAUUGAAGGAAUGAAGACUAUCCAGCUAGCUGUUCCUGUCAGAGCUGGGAUGCGGCUCAUACUGAGGCAGCUGGAAAAAUACCAAGGUGUCCUGGAGAAACUGCUCACAGAGGUGUUACAGGACACCCCAAACGCUGACUGAUACCAGCAGCGUCAGAAGAGAAAACGAUGCAGCUUGCUGAAACUAAAAGGCUCCACUUAUAUACACGAAAUCUGUAAAAGAGAUUAACAACAAAAUCUGAGGUGAGAUAAUAAAAUGCGCAGUGUAAUUAAACGAAGGAUUUGUGCCUUUUUUCAGCCAGAUGGCAAGCAGCAAGUGUGGGAAAGAUAAGAAGGAGGGUUUCCAAUUCUAGAGAAAUCAUCGUCCUUCUGACAAAGCAUGCUGAAGAGCCUGAGUAAUUAACCUUUGCAAACUAAUAGGUUUUAGGCCUCCCUUUUGGCAAGGAAAGAAACUGAGGCACGGUUACAGGGCUACCAAGGCACACU